AAAGUAUAACAGUAAGAAAAACAUAUUCUAACGUCUUUUUUACUAUUUCAUGACAAUGUCUGGGGUUCGGAUGUUAGCAUUAUCACCAAUGUUGAUGUUGCUUCUCAGCCUUCUAAUGGCUUCCUUCUUCGACACCACAGCUGGACAAAUUGGAGUAUGCUUCGGGCAGUUGGGAGAUAACCUACCAAAGCCACCGGAAGUUGUGGCUAUGUACAAGCAGUACAGCAUCCCACGAAUGCGGAUGUACGGUCCCAACCCUGAAGCUCUCAACGCUCUCCGUGGCUCCAACAUCGAGUUCAUCCUCGACGUUCCCAAUAGCGACAUAAAACGUCUCGCAGAUAGCCAAGCGGAUGCCAACACAUGGGUCCAAGACAACGUCCAGAAGUACAAUGAUGUCAGAUUCAAGUACAUAUCUGUAGGAAACGAGCUGAACCCAGGGGAACAGGGGGCGGCGGCUCUCUUCCAGGCUAUCCAGAACAUUGAUAAAGCGCUUUCCGCAGCAAGCCUUAGCAAUAUCAAGGUCUCCACGACUACAUACUUGGGAGCAUUCACGGACACGUAUCCUCCCUCGAGCGGAAGAUUCAAGGAUGAGUAUAGAAACUUUCUCCAACCGGUGAUAGGUUUCUUGAUGAACAAGCGAUCUCCUCUGCUCGUGAAUAUCUACACUUACUUCGGCUACAAGAACCGCGACGUCACUCUAGAAUACGCUCUGCUCCAACCGAGCAACAAUGAAUUCAAUGACCCCAGCAACCAGCUUCAUUACAAAAACCUCUUCGACGCCAAUCUCGACUCAGUUUAUGCGGCAUUGGAGAAAUCGGGCGGGGGAUCGUUGGAAGUCGUGGUGUCGGAGAGCGGUUGGCCCACGCAGGGAGGACCCGGGGCAAGUGUGCCUAAUGCGGAGGCUUAUGUUAACAAUUUGAGACUAAGUGUGCAGAAUGGAUCUCCGAAAAGGCCAGGGAAACCUAUAGAGACUUACAUAUUCGCCAUGUUCGAUGAGAAUGGGAAGACGGGUGAUGAGACUGAGAGGCACUUUGGGCUGUUUAAUCCUACUACUAGACAGCUUAAAUAUGGUGUUAAGUUCAACUAAUCUCCUUGGAGAGACUUCUUGAAGAAGCAAGGGCUAGUAACGCAGCGAUGCGGUAACUGGUAUUUGCCUAUUUGAGGAUUUUUUUUUAUGUAAGAUUAUUAAAAAUGUGUGAACUUGUUGUAAUAAUAAGGACUAAUAAUGAGCCUUAACCCGUUGUUUUUACUUCAUCUGUUUCAAAUCUUCAAUAAUGUAAUGGGAGUUGUUUAUAUAUAUAUGAAGUUGUUCGUUUUUUC